AUGGCAGUUCCCAAAGACGACCUCCUGACCAAAGUGUCUACAGAAGGCGCCACUGACUUCGUACAAUCAUAUCACUCGGCGCUUUCAACAAACAAGAAAUCAAUAGCCAGCUUCUACAGCGCGACUCCCACAAACAUCCUCUUCAACGGAAACGUCAUUGCAGACGGCGCCGCAGUGGAAGAAAUUUUUACGAACCAACUACCCUCCGCCCGCUACGAUAUCAAUUCCUUCGACAGCCAGAUCAUCAACAAGGCGUAUCCCACGACGACGCCUGGAAACAACGCCACGGCAAAUGCGAAAAAUGUCUCUAUGUUGGUCGUGGUCAGUGGGUCGGUGCAGUACGGCGCGAAAGACUCUCAGCAGCAUGGGUUUAGCGAGACAUUCGUCCUGAUUCCGAAUGUGGAGAGUAAGGAGAAGAAUAAGAAGGAUUGGAUUAUUCAAAGCCAGAACUUUCGGCUGGUUGCUUGA